AUGUGUACCAAAGCAAUAUGCGCGAUAAUGCCCUCGGUGUGCUUGCUGCUGCUCUCCGCCUCCAUGUUGGUCUCAACACUGGUGACUGAAGAAGACGAUGAGGAGGCCGCGCUGCUGGCCUUCAAGGCCACGGCGAUCAGCAACGGGCACAACGACCCGCUUGCUUCGUGGAACCGCAGUGCCACCGGUGGGUACUGCAGCUGGGAGGGGGUCAGAUGUCGGGGCACACGCCACCGCCGAGUGGUGGCGUUGAGCCUCCCGUCCCAUGGGCUCACCGGCGUCCUCUCACCUGCCAUUGGAAACCUAUCGUCCUUGAGGACUCUUGACCUGACCUCCAAUGGGUUCAGCGGGAACAUCCCCGCGAGCCUCGGUCGUCUGCACCGCCUCCAUACGCUCAACUUGACUCGCAAUGCCUUCUCUGGCCUGCUCCCGGCCAACUUGAGCUCUUGCACUAGUCUAAUGAAGAUGGUCCUUGAUUUUAACAAGCUCAGCGGGAACAUGCCCUCUGAGCUCGGUGACAAGCUGAAGCAGCUCAAGGUGCUCCGCCUGCGGAACAACAGCUUCACUGGAAGGAUUCCGGCAUCGCUGGCCAACUUGACAUCAUUGAGUAUUCUUGAUCUCGCGUUCAACCUGCUCGAGGGUACUAUCCCGAAUAGCCUUGGCAUCCUCAAGGACCUCAGUUUUCUUGGGCUUGCCUUCAACAACCUCUCUGGCGAGCCCCCGACAUCCCUUUACAAUUUGUCUUCCUUGGAAAUGUUGCAGAUUCAGUGGAACAUGCUCAGUGGUAGCAUUCCCACCGAUAUUGGCAGCAGGUUCCCCAGCAUGCGAAUCCUUAGCCUUUCUACAAACCAGUUCACUGGGACCAUCCCUGCUUCACUCUCCAACCUCACAUCGCUCCAGGAACUCCACCUCGCGCAGAAUAUGCUUAGUGGAUAUGUGCCUCGCACGAUUGGGAGACUACGAGCUCUGCAGAUGCUAGAAUUGUACAACAACAUGCUACAAGCUAACGAUUGGGAGGGCAUCCCCUCCGAGAUCAGCAACCUAGUGGGCCUCGAGAUCCUUGGUAUUUUUAAUACUUCUAUAUCUGGAGAAAUUCCAGAUAGCAUCGGCAAACUAGCAAACUUGACUCAGCUUGGUUUGUUCAAUACUAACUUGUCAGGACAAAUACCUUCGUCUGUUGGAAACCUCACAAAGUUGGCUAUCCUUGAGGCAUAUCAUGCAAAUCUAGAGGGACCAAUUCCACCGAGUAUAGGGAAGUCGAAGAGUAUAAUUUACCUUGAUUUGUCAAUGAACCGCCUGUCCGGUUCGAUUCCUAUGGAGAUUUUCAAACCGCCGCUUCUUUCUUUCGUUUACUUAGACUUGUCAUACAAUUCACUAUCAGGACCUCUCCCCUCUCAAGUUGGUAGCUUAGUGAACCUUAACACACUGGUUCUAUCAGGAAACCAAUUAUCUGGCAAGAUACCUGAAAGUAUUGGGGAGUGCAUCGUGCUGCAAGAACUUUGGUUGGACAAUAACUUAUUUAACGGAAGCAUACCUCAAUAUCUAAACAAGGGUCUAACUACACUCAACCUGUCAGUGAAUAAGUUGUCUGGUACUAUUCCAGAUGCCAUUGGAAGUAUCAGUGCCUUGGAGCAAUUGUGUUUGGCAUACAACAAUUUUUCAGGACCAAUUCCUGCAGUUCUACAGAACUUGACAUCAUUGUCAAACUUGGAUCUGUCCUUCAAUGAUCUGCAAGGGGAAGUGCCAGAGGAAGGGAUUUUCAGAAAUCUGGUUAACCUGUCGAUCAUCGGAAAUAACAAGCUUUGUGGGGGAGUACCCCAGCUUCAUUUAGUUCCAUGCAAGACAGAUUCUGUGAAAAAGAACAUAAGAGGGAAAUUGAAGUAUCUUAAAAUAGCACUACCAGCAACCUUUGCACUCUUAUUAUUAGCUAUUGUCAUUGCACUCUUGAUCUACAGGAAGCAAAGAAGAAAGCAGAAGGGUGCACUCGAACCAUCAAUGGUUGAGGAACAGUACGAAAGAGUUUCUUAUCAUGCUUUAUCAAACGGAACCAAUGGAUUCUCAGAAGCCAAUUUGCUUGGUAAGGGAAGCUUUGGGACAGUGUAUAAAUGUGUUUUUCAAGCUGAGGGAACUGUUGUAGCUGUAAAGGUUUUUGACCUUGAACAAUCCGGUUCUACUAGAAGUUUUGUAGCUGAAUGUGAGGCACUAAGAAGGGUGCGCCACCGCUGCCUCAUGAAGAUCAUCACAUGCUGCUCAAGCAUCAAUGAACAAGAAGACAUGAGUGCCCGAGUUGGAGAUUUUGGCAUAUCUAGAAUCAUUUCAGAAAGUGAAAGUAUGAUUCUGCAAAAUUCCAAUAGCACAAUUGGCAUAAGAGGCUCCAUUGGCUAUGUCGCUCCUGAGUAUGGUGAAGGUUCUUCCAUCACAACUUUUGGCGAUGUUUAUAGCCUUGGCAUAUUGCUGCUCGAGAUUUUCACAGGGAGGAGCCCAACAGAUGAUAUGUUUAGAGGUUCAAUGGAUCUACAUAAGUUUUCAGAGGAUGCUCUUCUAGAUAAAAUUUGGGAGAUAGCCGAUACGACAAUGUGGCUGCACACUGGCACCUAUGACAGCAAUACAAGAAACAUAAUUGAGAAAUGUUUGGUUCAUGUCAUUUCUCUUGGGGUAUCCUGCUCAAGAAAACAACCUAGAGAGAGGACACUGAUACAAGAUGCGGUCAAUGAGAUGCAUGCUAUCAGAGAUUCAUACCUCAAGUUUGCCAGAACUCUUGUGGUGCAGGAUGGAGUAGGAACGAUUUUUCUGUAA